CCCCUUUGCUCUGCUUGCGUGACACAUGUUGACUCCAUUGAUUAGAUAUUAAUGCUUCUUAUGUGCUUUGACGUAAAUGGUGACACAUGAAGACCCUUGGGCUUAGCACCUCUUCCUAUCAAGCUGCUGUUUUUCAAGAGGCAUUAUCCAUAAAUCACAGCAAUAAGAACUGAUCAUUUUGAAACACUGAUGAAUUUGAUUUGUGAAAAUAUUUAAAAUUGAUGUAUGGUGGUGUUGUAUGGCAGCAGGAAUCGUGUCAUCUCUUAAGUCUGAUUUUAAACCAAUAUUAAAAAAUGAAAAUCUUGCUUUCAUGUCCUGUUUGACGGAGCAAAGGUUCUUCUCACAGUUGACCUCAGAUGUGAGACGGCUGAUUGUCUCAUUAUUGAAGACUAAACAUUGUCUGAGUGACGUCAGAGCUGCUCACUUAAAAACAUCUGAGAAUAAGCCUCAGAAUCAGGGAGCACGCUGAGCUUCACUGACCGGCAUCUUUUAGUGUCCGUUACCUGUCGGGAGUCCUUCAGCACAAUGGUCAGCAGCAGGAUGCUGCUUCUCAGUGCCUCCUGCUGGCUGCUCGUUGUUUUAGGGAGUUGCGAGGAGCCAAUCGAAGAGAGGUCAGCCGAAUACGACGCCAUCGAGACACAACAAGAGAAAGAGCUGAUUGAAGCUCUGCAGGAAGUUCUGGAGAAGCUAAAGGGCAAACAGCUGCCAUCCUCAGAGAAAAAACUCGGCUGGCUAGCUGCUUGUGAUGCAGGUGAGCAGUGUGCAAUUCGUAAGGCUUCGAGAAUCGGGAAGCUGUGUGGCUGUCCCGGAGGAACCGUUUGUAACUUCAGUGUCCUCAAGUGUCUGUAAAGCUCAAACUCUAAAGUCCUGUUGUUCAGAGAAUAAAGACACGUUUUUAAAAUUGCCUCUCGUCUGUUUUUUGUUUUUAAUACAAACGUUACCUCAAAUAAAAAAAAGUCAGUACUGACAAUCAAAAUUUGUUUCUUUUUUAGCUUUUUUAUGAAGAAAAACUAACAUGAACUUUUUCACUCAAUUUGCACAGAUACUACUGUAUUUAUAAUGCAUGGUUACAUGAUCACAGUUCAAAGUUAUCUUUAUUUAUCAAACAGUUUCUGGGUUAUUUUAAUGAACAACAGAUGGGACGAUAUCGGGGACAUCCUCUAGAAAAUCUGUAAAGAUUUUCUGAAACACAGCAUUUAGACCAAUCUUAAGUUUGUACUUUUGCCUUACAGGGAUUAUUUGUACAUAGUCUGACCUCUACCUUUUGCAUACAUGCAAACACUGACUUUGAAACUUUUUAAUAUGAGCAUCCAUCACUGAAACAGUACAUGUGAAAAAAUGACCAAAGGCAGAAUAGGUCAACUUAAAAAGAUUUUAAGAUCACUUAGUAACAGCCAGAAUGUGUGGUGUUUAAUGAAACUGUAGCUGACGGUGUGAAAAGCAAUAAAAACAAAGUAACAUCUGUGAUAAUCAAAAUUCUGUCUGUACUUGUUUAACAUUUAAAACACGAAGUAUGUACAAAAACCAGAUAAUCAGACAGGGUCCAGUUUUUGCAUUACCUUGAAAAUUGCAAGUUACAUUAAAAUUUCUGGCGACAAAAAAUUUGUUGUGACCAAAUAGAACAUUUAAUACCUGAAAAAAGUUGCACACUGAACAUGUUGUCAUGUUUACCUUACAUGUUUUUAAAAGUACUUGAGUGAAAUUAAAACCAGCAAUAUUUCCAGAACACUUACAUUGCUCCAAGUGCCUCAACCUUUACUGCAACAAACAUUUCAGAUGUUCAACC